AUGUCCCCAAAUGGUGAUAUCUAUAGUUAUGGGAUCUUGUUAUUGGAGAUGACGACAAAGACGACGUUAAAAGAUUCAAGGAGGAAAUAUAAAAAGGCCUUGUAUCUACUCCAUCAAGGCAUUGAUGAGCCAAGUUUUGAGAAGAUUUCAGCAGCAACAACCUUUGAAGAGGCAUGGAGUAUUCUUCGCAAUUCACACCGUGGAAUUGAGAAGACGAUCAGAGUUCGACUCCAGGUGUUACGUGGCGAGUUUGAGAUGCUGCACAUGAAUGAGAAUAAGUCAAUUUUUGAGUACUUUAACAGAACAUUGACCAUUGUUAAUCAGAUGAGAAGAUAUGGAGAGAAGAUGGAAUUUCUUCAAGUGAUAGAGAAGAUUCUCCGAUCACACAGUCCCAAGUUCGAGCAUGUGGUUGUAGCAAUAGAAGAGUCCAAGGAUCUCAGUACCAUGACCACCGAUGAGUUGAUGGGCACACUUGAGAUUCAUGAACAAAGGAUCAACAAGAAGACUCCCUCAAGUACUCUAGAGCAAGCCCUUCAAACAAAGUUGUCUUUCAGAGAUGACAGAAACGAGCAAAGGGGGACAUCAGAAAGAAGCCGAGGAAGAGGCCGUGGUUACAAUAACCGAAGUUCUGGUUUUCGAGGAAGAGGCGGAAGAGGUCCAGCCAGAGAAGGAAGAAACCAACCACACUUUGCUCCAAGAGGAAAAGCAAGAGGUAGAGGAGGUGGUUACAACAACCAACCAGGCUUUGAAAAAAGCAAUGUUCAAUGUUACCAGUGCCACAAGUUCCGGCAUUACAGCAAUGAAUGCCGAAGUAGAGCAACAACAGAAGCCGGAGAGCAAGCAAAUUUUGCCGAGCAGGAAACAAACAAAGUUGGACCUACAGUCCUAUUUGUUCACCGUGGAGACACUAAAAACCAAAACAAUACUCCAGUGAAAGGAAGAGGUAAUAUUCUGAUCAAGCUCAAGAAUGGAGAUCAUGAUUACAUCUCCAAUGUUUAUUAUGUUCCUGCCAUGAAGAACAACAUUUUGAGUAUGGGACAACCCCUAGAGAAACGAUACGACAUCAGCAUGAAAGAUUGCCAUCUUACCAUCAAAGACAAUCAUGGUGAAAGCUGCAUUCUUGGCAAGCAUCACAGAACUAGCUUUGCCAAAGAAGUGAAGUGGAGAGCAACAAAGCCGCUGGAGCUAGUGCACACUGAUGUGUGUGGUCCAUUGAUGCCAAUGUCAAGUGGACAUAAUAGAUAUUUUCUCACCUUCAUUAAUGAUUAUAGCCGGAAGACAUGGGUGUACUUUCUGAAAAGAAAGUCAGAGGUGUUCUGUAUCUUCAAAGAAUUCAAAGCUUUUGUAGAGAAGCAAAGCAUCUACUACAUCAAGACAUUGCGAUCAGAUCAAGGUGGAGAAUAUACAUAA